UUUCCUAUCUUCUUUCCCCCAGCACCACCCUUGCGGACGCUGAUCCAUCUUCUGACAACCUUCUACUUACGUCCUUGGAACUUGGCUACAUUUUUCAAUCACUCUGCCGUCUGUCCGACCCAUUUUGUUGCCGCCAGCCGUCGAAAAGGCGAGGUUGUCAUCACUCUGCCAUAAAAAAGACAACAUCACGUCCCGUCCAGUGAUAAUAACAGAUAUGUCUUUGACUUUGGAUGUUCCCCCAAACCGCGGUAUCAGAGAAAAACUGGAAUGGGAAUUACGGGACCUAAGAAAUUUCAUGUUAUACCUUGAGUAUGGGAUACCCUUCCCCCAGCCUUCGAAUUCCUCUCCCGAACCCUCUAAUCGCAGUAACAAUGAUAAUUUCGAUGAGGAUAAUCCUUAUCAAAUUCCAUCUUAUGAGAGAAUAGCGUCUAUGGGGGUAUUUGAGCUGGCAAUGUACGCUGCUAAAUAUUUCUUACCAAAAGCAUCCAGUUCACCUGCCAAUGAAAAGGCGAAACAGGAUCUAUAUCUCCAAAUAUGGCGCCGCGAUGAGCUUGAGAACCUUGUCGAUCUCACUACUCCAGUUCAUAUCUUCCUGGGAGUAACCCAUUGCACCCCCAAUGCUGGUCAUCGAUAUGCGCAAACGAGAUACGUUUGGUCAAAAACUCUGGAGCACAACUUUCACAAUGAGUCGAUCAUGCACUUUGUUCUACCUCUACUUUCGAUCUUGCUCGAAGACGCGGAGAUCCGGCGCGAUGACGCUCUGAAAUUAUGUGUCUACAUGGAGGUGGCGGCUCCUGAGAAGCCCAGAUUUAGUCUGCCCAACGAUAUUGCCAGGAACACUACAAAAGGACUAGCGCGAUUACUAGAUAAGAAGUCUGGCGACGUGCGUUUCCUUUGCUUAGAACACGUUUAUGAUCAGUCUCAGCCAUCCGCCGCACAUGAUCGGGCUAUGGAAGCUGAGUCAGAAGAGGAUGUAUCAAGCAUCGUCAAACGCCUACGGCAAUCGCGCAAGCGAAUAUUAUACGCGCAUUCAGAGAUUCUAGAGGAGAAGUCCGAAUAUUUUAAGGACCUGUUAACAUCGGGAUUCUCGGAAACCCAGAGAUAUAAUACCAUCAUCGUCGACGAUGCUUCCUUCAGCACGCUCUAUUGGAUAUUACACUAUCUCUAUACGAACGAACUCACGUUCUCGGAACAUGAGGACUAUCAUUAUAUAAAUGAUGAACAUAGGUUGGAUAAUGCCCACGUGGACAGAAUAUUACGUCCUCGGACAUCCACUCAAAAUGGUUUGGCAGAAUGGAACUACCAGCAUCUACCUUUAGCAGGCGACUGGGAUACUAAAGUAGAUCCUACCUCUCUCCAGGAUGAGCCGCUCAAUGUAAAGAGCAUGCCUAGCAGUAAAAUAAGUCCACCGUUAAGUAUAGGAGUUACGAACAUUCCAUAUCCAUACGGAGACAAGGGAACACCUCAACAACCAAAGAGAAUGAAAAAAGACGCAAGCUCCACGUCUCCAUCGAAGAUACCGACAAUGGCUGUCCCUCUAAACCGUACUUUUGCAACUUCCAACAACAGCAAGCCCCAUCUCGUUGCCUCUCAUCUUUCGGCUCUCGGCCCGCCAAAUAACUCUUUCGACGCCUUUGCACGUAUAGGGACUGAGAACGAUCCUCACCCUCAUCCCACCCCAUGCCCACCUCCUGCAAGUGCCCUCGAUGUGUACAUGCUCGCACACCGAUACAGGCUAGAAGAGCUAAGGGAAAUGGCCAUGGAGCAGAUUUUGAGGAGUUUAUCCUACGAGACAUGUAUGUCAGCCGCGUUCGUUAGCUACCCGUAUGAAGAACUGCAUAGCAAGGUCCUUGCUUAUAUAGUUAAAAACUGGACGCAAGUGAAGGUCUCGUCAGCUUUCUUGCGGUGCAUCCAAGAAGUGCGGGAAGAUGUAUGGGGUGAAUACGGCCCCAUGGUAUUGCACAACAUUUAUUUGAAGAUAUAAUUGACUCGCAUAGCUACCAGCAUUGGUCGCCUAGUCUGUUUGUUGUAGCCAUUUUGUUAUAUUUGUUUGAUAUCUUCCUGAUAACGGAGUUGUUUUUUAUAUAUACUAACUGUAUUGUUUAAACGGUUUGCAUAAUUGUGCAGCUUGAUUUACGACAACAGUUAUAAGACCAAGGAUCGAGAAAUUAUAC